AUGGACUUUCUGAUAAAAAAGGAGGAGCCCUCAUAUAGCGAACUUAUAAAGACACUCGAAAGAAAUGUAGCGAUCUUAAGAAUAGAAAAUCACUAUAAUUUAAAAAUCAGUUAUGAAUUGGAUGUUAAGCUCACGUGGUUCCACGAUAUAUCACGUGAUCUCGCGGAUAAACUUGAUUCUUUAUGGAAAUUAGCUGAAACGCAUCAGUCAACAAAAAAUGAAAUAAAACAAUUUGCCGAUCAAAUUGCAAAUUCAUGGACUUCUGUAAAUCGUCAGAUUUACGAAAAGUAUUCUAAAAUUCGAAUGGCUAGUCGAACAUUACAUGGAGUACCAUUAUCCUUAUUACUGGAUAAAAUAAAAAAAGAAAUUAUUCUGUUGAAAGUGUCAUUGCAAAUUUAUGAAUCUAUUUAUAACCAAGAAUAUAUACUAAAGGGAUACAAAUUAAUUACUGAAAGUGAAGAACUUAUAAGCAGCUUAGGAAAAUGUGAUAACAAGUUGCAACAAUACUUAUCUGUAUCAAAUAUUACUCCACAUCUUAUAAAAUUAAAAUCUGCAAUUGACAAAUAUGUAACCAAUAUUGAAUUAUUACCUACAAAAAAGUCACUUUUAUAUGACUUAAGUAUUUUUUCAUUAGUUGCAAAAUUAUUGACUGGUGAAUUACUGGGUCAUGAAUUUAUCGACUCUAAUUAUAUUCUAAUGGAAAAUAUGCCAAAAAAGCCAGUUUUUAUUAUUAAAAAUGUCAAACGUAAAUCAAUUUAUCCAUGUUACUCAACAUAG